UUAUAUACUAUUUAGUUUUCAACAUUUUCGAGAGCGUUCCCUGACGAUAUAUUCCCUGUUACUGCUAGAAAAGUGACUCUAAUAAUAUGCUCAAUUAGGCAUGACAUCUUGUCUAUCUUCCCUGAGUGUUACCGUCAUUUUCUUGCAUUUUGGGAUACUGUGGUGGUAGAUAAACUAAUUAGACAGGCAGAGUGAAGGUGAGUUUGUUUGUUUGAGAAUAGUAACCUUUCACAUUGAUUUGGAGUUGUUUAACCGAUACCAGGAAAAGUAGGCGCCAGGUAUAACCCCAAUUUAGACGGGAUUGCCAAUAGAGGACAAAUCCAUAUUACUCGAGAGACUUUAGCUGCUAUUAACUUAAUUUUUUUAAGGACUGAGGAUGUCUAUUUGCGUAUUGCAGAGACUGCAGUGUGUAUGUUACUUUGUCCCUUCGUCGUUUAGGAUGAAAUAUUGUCAGUGAUAGUGGUGGAAAUGGGAAAGAGGAGCCCAGCUAAUCAGACAGACACACUACAUCUGUCAUACUUUGUCAGGGUAUUGUGUUUUUCUUCCCUUUUGUCUUCUGCUGUUCAUAAACUAGCCAAAGAACGAUGAAUGAUGAAACAGGGAUUAGUAUAAAAUACUGGAUGAAAGGAAAUGGAAAAUCCAAUGUCAUUUUCCAAGUGGGACAUUCCAACAAGAAGGGUGGAAAUAAAGUGAGACACCAAAGCUUCUCUUUCCCUUUAAAACGAACUGUGCCUGAAAAAUAAAGGGGAGUGUCCCAUUGGCUGUUGCAUGAAAAUGCACACACCAAAGUAAAGGAAUAGUUCCCAAUGAAACCAAUCAACCUAAAGCAGUAUGGGACAACUAACUUUGUUUUUAAAUAGUUUUCUUUUUCUAAUUUUAAUUGUUUUUCCCUCUUCUUGCUUUUUGUUUCUUUUUUUUUCUUUGGUUGUACAGAAUAAACUGUUGCCAUCCCAUGUAUAAAAGUCUUGGCUAUGAUAGUUGGUCUUUAAAAACCGAGUGACAGAAUUGCUUGUGUUCUCUACAGACACAACUGCUUAUUACCCACCUUCAUAUUUAUGUUUGAAAAUUUUGAUCUGUUAGCUCCUACCUGGCUACCUGCAACAUAUUCGUCUUAACAGAAAUAUGGUGGUGUUGUCCUCCCGGCCUUUACGCCUAGCUUAUGCUGAGUUGAAGUUCGGUAGCAGAGAGUAGCGGGGGGAAAGAGAUGGCUGGAAGGGGUGGUGGAUCAAGCACUGUGAAGGCUUCGUUAGCGGCUGUUUUAUUUGUUAGUUUUCUCUGGUUUUUGUUUGUAGGAGUUUUGGCCAACAACCAGGCAACAAAAGCUGACAUAGUAGAGGCCACGAUGAUCCCCCCGAGAAACUUCGACAUUUGGAAGCUGAUAAGAAGCAAGAGACGACAUUCUCUUCAUCACACCUCUGAUUUCAACUAUGUCAGCAAAAGAAGAGUACCAAAUGGACCUGACCCUAUUCACAACAGGAGAGCGGGUGAAUACAGACAACCGCCUCUUCAACACUGAGUACAAAACCAGUUCCCAUGAAGCAGCUGGAGACUGCAGUUCAUAUGCAAAUGCUUUAUUAGUUUACGUCAUUAAUCUGUCAAGACAUCCUAGAUUAAGUUUCCAUCGUUUUUUGUUGUUCUGGCAAUGUCGGUUUUGUGCUGAAUGUAAAACAUUGAGAAAACGAAGCGUGAUUGUAGAGAUCAAAGACUGAAAUUACAAGCAGCAACUUGAAGCUAAAAAUGGUGGUUGUAUGCAGGGUGUUAACAAAGGCCACAGCUUUUUGAGGGGAGUCAUAUGAUAGUCAUAGGUAUGUGUUUGUCUGCACUUUUUAAGAUUUAUGGAUUGGAUUUAAUUUUAUUUGCAUUGCAGAAGAAAAAGAAAAGAAAAGAAAAUGAGAGAAUUACAGUGAAAAAAAGUGGAGUGCUUCCCAAGAAAUCUAACCGUGUGUGAAUUAAAGGAGCAUUGCCUUUGCUUUUAACGAUUUGAUUGCCUCUUUUUGCACCAAAUGGCUUGUGUUUCCCAGAUAAAGCAGUAGCACGGGUUUAGUCUUAAAGCUGUUCUUUCCCCAA